CAGCAGUCGUGUUCGAGUUUCAUCCCGACACGCUCGAGCCGUACGGCCGAAGACUUUGCUGAGUCUCUAUGCGGGAUUAAAAUAAAAAGAUCUAAUGGAUCGAGCAAACGGCGUGCAGUCCGGAGAUGAACUGUUCAUGCUUUUUGGGGCAUUCCUGGCGAGAUUGCGAGACGCCGCCGUCGGCGCGAUGUCCCGAGCUAGUCAGAGGCUCCUGCAGGGUGUGGUCGCGUUCUCCGUGCUGGCGCUGCUCCUCUGGAUCAGCGCCUUUUUGUACGGGAGCUUCUACUUUUCCUACAUGCCCCUGGCUGCUUAUUCCACACCCGUGUACUAUUACUACAGGUCGGACUGUGACUCUCCGAACUCAUUUAUGUGCUCGUAUCCUGUAGCCAAUGUCUCCCUGAUGAAAAACAACAAACCUGUGUUGACAUUCGGCCAGGCCUAUCAAAUGACCCUCCAACUGGACAUGCCCGAGUCCGAGACCAACCAGGAGCUUGGCAUGUUCAUGAUCAGGACCACCUGCUUCGCCCGUGACGGAGCCCAAGUGGUGAUGUCCGCUCGUGCCGCAAGGCAGCUGCUGCCCGCCUCCAGCUCUCGCUUUAGCAUGCUGCGGUACAAGUCCAACCUUCUGAGGACCUUGUCAACGCUGCUGUUCUUCCCCAUGCUGAUGAGCGGAGCUGCUGAGCAGAAACAAGUUUUGGCGGUGGAGCUCUUCUCAGACUACACAGACGACCCAUACUCCCCCUCGGCCACGGCCCUCAUUGAGAUCCUAUCCAGCAAGGUGCAAAUCUACUCGUCCCAUCUUUAUAUCCAUGCUCGGUUCUCUGGUGUAAGUUUCAGAUCCAAAACGAAACGCAGUGGACGAGGUUUUCCAUGGAAGCUGUUCCCCUUCUCCAGGUACUUCCUGUUCAACUUCCCACUGCUGUCAGCUGUCGUGGGCAUGUCCAGUAACUUGAUCUUCCUCUGCGUCCUCGUGGUCUUCAGCUACAUGAGGCUGCUGUUGGGCAGACCGGUACGGGCCCAAAUCAAUACAGCGGGCAGGUUGGGAAAUGGUGGCAACCACGAUACGCCUACAUAAGAAGUUUCAGCUCUGCAUGAACAGACUCCUCGGCAGAAGAACACAAUAUGUGCACAAAUUGAAAAUCAAUGUCCGCCCCCC